AUAAAAUUUGACAUAAAUUUAGUGUGGAUGCAUUGUGGGAAUUUCUCAUAUCUGUCGCCAUUUUGACGCUUGAGUGAUGUUUUCUACGGCAAGAUGACAGCGUUCCGCUUCAGAUAUUGUAGUUUUUGAAAGGGCAGCGUUGUUUUGUAUAGAGGCGUUUGCAGCCAGCACGAUGAGCACACAGAGCGUUCAGGUCAAGUUGGAGCUUGGCCACCGAGCCAACAUUCGUGACAAACCCACGCCUCAGGGAUUCACUCAUGACUGGAUGGUGUUUGUCCGGGGGCCAGAGGGCAGCAACAUCCACCAUUUUGUGGAUAAGGUCGUCUUUCAGCUGCACGAGAGCUUCCCAAAGCCCAGAAGAGUCGUCAAAGAGCCACCGUAUGAAGUUGCUGAAUCGGGCUACGCAGGCUUCCUAAUGACCAUCGAGGUUCACUUCCGAUCCAAGGAAGAACCCAAGAAGGUCAUCUUGAACUACGACCUCUUCUUGAACACGGAGCAGCAACCUCCGGUCAACCACAUCCGAUGCGAGAAGCUGACCUUCCACAAUCCGACCGAGGACUUCCGCAGGAAACUGCUCAAAGCCGGAGGGGUCGGCGUGUUGCCUACCGACCCCGGCAUUCCUACCUCUCCUACGACGCCGCCCAAUUUCCCGGUGUCAGAGGGCGGGAUUGGAGGCAAGCCCCUUCCACCUUCAUUCAGCGACUCGUCCCUGUAUGCCAAGGGCAAGCCCCAAGCCGCCGCACCCAGUCUUCAGGUCAACAAAAAGAAGACACAAGCAGCCAAGGAUGGCAGUAAAACUUCGUCCAAGCCUGUGAAGGAUCACAAGGAGGUUAAAACUGCCUCUAAGGAGCCCAAGACAUCAUCAAAGGAGCCCAAAACGGGCUCCAAGGAACCUAAAACAAGCUUCAAGGAGCCCAAACCUGGUCCAAAAGAGCCCAAAACAGGCUCCAAAGAACCCAAAACAGGCUCCAAAGAACCCAAGUCCAGUAGCGGGAAGGAUUCUAAGGUUGGAAGUAAAGAUAGCAAGACUCCUGUGAAGGAUACCAAGUCUGGCUCUAAGGAGCCCAAGUCGGGCUCCAAAGAAUCCAAAACUAGCCCCAAACCACCCCCUAAAGAUUCCACUAAGACUAAACCCAGUGCCAAGCGGCCUUCCUCUACCUCACCAGCUCCUGCCCCAACAUCUCAGGACUCUGCCAAGAAACGGAAACGGAAGGACUCAAGCGACAGAGGUCCGCAUGAAAAGAGCUCCUUGGCUAAGCCUUCUCCUGCAGAAAAGAGCUCUUCAGGAGAUAAAGCCAAACAGAAAGAGAAACCUAGUAAACCAAAAACUGCAAAGCCAGCUAUGAGCCGGGGCGAUGCUGGACUUUUUACUCCUGAAAUCUGUAUCUCAAGGAAGCCGUCGAAGAUGGCACCUGAACCUCCUAAGGAGCUACCUCCGUUUGAGGAUGAGCUGAGUACGGGAGAAGGCGGGGAGGCGCACAGCCCUAGCUCCAGCAUCAGCUUCUCUUCCUUACCAAGAGGAGGUGGGGGAGUCUUAAACACCCUCAUGGCAGAACUCGGAGACGAGAACGAUGAUGAUGACGAUGAUCAAGACAUCGGUCUGCCAUACAGGAAGACUCCAUCUCCGAUCCCACCGCUGCCACCACUCAGCAAUCACUCCACCUCAUCCAAUGAACAAGGCUACGGGAACUUUCCCUCAGUGACACCUGCUGCUUCAGACAAAACUAAGAGCACCUCAAAAUCAAGCAGUAGUAAAAAGAACAGCACCAGCAACGGCUCAAAGAAAAACAGCUACAGUAGCAAAGGCGAACGGAAGCAAAAGGGCAGCGACUCAAAGCAAAAGAGCACAGACGCUAAACAGAAAACUCCAGAAGCCAAACCAAAGAGCUCUGAUGGGAAGCAAAGGAGCUCCGAGAACAAAUCCAAAGCGGUGGACACUAAGCCCAAACAUGCUGACAAAAAAUCGAGUGAUUCCAAACCGGCCAAAACCAACGAAGGAAAACUCAAACAUGCAGAUUCAAAACUCUCCAAGGGGAACCAGAGUUACCUCAACGACUUGGUUCUCUUACACCAGAAACUCAGCCACUUGCAAAACCGGGACCAGUUGCAGAGAGUAGUAGACCUAAUCGAGGAAACUGGACUCUUUAACAUAACGGAUGCAACGUUUGACUUUGACCUCUGCUCCCUGGAUCAAACAACGUUGCGGAAGCUACAGGAAUGUGUGUCACUGUUUGCGUAGUGCAGGUCAGCUUGAUGGCUCUAGCUCUCCCAUCCCACUUCUGCCACCAUUUAUUAGUCUCCUCUCAAGUCGUUAAUGCCUUUAUACAGGCAAGUGCCAUUGUUAAUUACAGGGUAAGUGUUCAAUAGCAGUCAGUGGCAGGCUGUUUUUUUUUUCUUCAAAAAUGGAAACCUGUGAAGGUCACACAAAUACUGUUGGUUUAAGAAACAGCUCGCUUAAGCUCAAGAGGUUUAAAAAAAAAAAUCAACAAUCUUUGUUGAGUGUUGACGGGUUUCAGAUGUUUUGCCAAAAUGUUUGCCAUUUCAUAUGUUCAACUCGGACAGUUUCUCACAAAAUCUGCAAAUAUCCUUUUUUGUGCCAUAAAACUGGACUGUUUCAAACAUCGUGGGAAAAGAAAUGGGUCGAACCUUGUCCCAAGACACAUCUUGGGGAUGUUUGUUUAAAAUUCAGAAUAAUAAUAAUGAUCAUAAUAGCGGUUCUUAUAUAGCGC